UGCUUCGUCCCUCCAGAAUGCCCUUCUUCCAGUGGGAAGCCCAACCACGCAGAUAUCCUGCUUGUAAACCUACAGUAUGUUUCAGAAGUGGAAAUAAUUAACGACCGCACGGAAACCCCUCCUCCUUUAGCUUCACUCAAUGUUAGCAAGCUCGCCAACAAAGCACGGAUGGAGAAGGAGGAGAAGCUGAGCCAGGCGUACGCCAUCAGUGCGGGGGUCUCCCUGGAGGGACAGCAGCUCUUCCAGACCAUCCACAAGACCAUUAAGGACUGUAAAUGGCAGGAGAAGAACAUAGUUGUGAUGGAAGAAGUCGUCAUCGCCCCCCCGUACCAGGUGGAGAACUGUAAAGGCAAAGAGGGCAGCGCGCUGGGGCACGUACGCAAAAUAGUCGAGAAACACUUUAGAGAUGUGGAAAGCCAAAAGGUAAUGCAGCGUUCACAAGCACAGCAAACACAGAAGGAGAGCGCCCUGUCGUCCUGAGGCCUGCCGGCACCGAUGUCCUGCCUGGGGAACGGGGCAGCUCGCCGAUUCCAAACCUUAGACUUUAAACAAACAAACAAACAAACAAAAACCAACACACACACAUAAAAAAAAAGAAAAAAAAAAAGAAAAAAAAAAAAAGAGAAUAAUUUAAAAGCUCAUGCAUUACUUGACUAACAGACUUUCUUUUGUCCGCCAUGGUUUCUUUCCCAUCGGCUGCUCGCGCUCGGUUACUUUUAUUUUUGGACUCCCCUCUCCACAACCCCCCCUUUAUUUUUCCAAAGGGGGUCCUUCACCCCCCCCCAAAGGGAGCAGCUCCCAUUUCCUCCCCCCAGGACGCCUCCAAAAAUAAAACUAAGCAGCAGCAGCCCCGAGCCGGGACCUGCGACCCGCAGGCUCCUCUUUUAAUUUUGUUUGCACAGGGCAAGGCUUGAAUUAGUCCUAUUUUUCUUAUCUUUAAAGAUAUAUAUGAAUAUAUAUUAAAAUGUCCUUUAAAUAUUUUCUGCUUCCGGCAGUUCUCUUGGGAUCAUGGCAAAAAAAAAGAGAAGAAAACAAAAAACCCACAACAAAACCACCUGAAUCCCCACGUUUUCACCCAAAGAGCCCAAAGUUCAUUUCUGAGGGGGGGGGGGGAGGGGGGAGGUUCCUCUUUCUGUUCAAUUUUCCCCAUUUCCUUCAUUUUUUACUGUCUAUUUUUUUUUUGCCAUGAUUCUCCCCCUCCUCCCCCUUUGUUUUAAUUUUUUUGGGUGUUUUUUUUUUUU